AGGCAUCCGUCUACUUUAGAUCCGCGCAAUAAGCUGUGUUUCCCCCCUUGUGUCCGGUCAACACGGCGACCACCAUCCCCUCUCCCCUUUCUCCGAGCAAAGCCUCCUUCUCUCUCCUCUCUCUGGGCCUCCAUCCUUAGGCUUCAGCAAUCAGCAUGGACGGUGCCUAGUGCUUAUGCAAGGUAUGUUCCGAAUGGAGGACGAAAGUGUGCUGGAGCGUAUACUUAAUGGAAUCGAAGAGCCCAAUGAUCUGCCAUUAGCACUGUUACAACGCAUAACCAAUAAUUUCUCCCCAGAGAGAAAAAUUGGUCAGGGUGGAUUUGGAGCAGUUUACAAGGGUGUACUCAGAAAUGGGAUUGUUGUUGCUGUGAAGAGGAUGUAUGUGAACCAACACACACUUGAUGAUGUGUCUUUUCGCCGUGAGUUUAAUAGCUUGAGGAAGAUUAAUCAUCAAAAUGUAGUGCGGUUUCUUGGCUUCUGUUCUAAUACCUAUCAGACAUCGAUAGAAGGGGCUGGGUCAGAAGAAAUUAACUUGGCCAAUGUAAGAGAAAGAUUGCUUUGUUUCGAGUACAUCAGCAAUGGAAGUCUUGAUAAGCAUAUUACUGAUGAAUUAAGGGGACUUGAAUGGGAAACACGUUAUGAAAUAAUCAUUGGAAUUUGCAAGGGUCUGUGCUAUCUUCACGAGGAAAAAGAAAUUGUUCAUAUGGACCUUAAACCGGCGAAUAUAUUAUUAGAUGGCACGUAUAUUGUUCCUAAAAUUACAGAUUUUGGGUUGUCGAGAUCAAAUAAAAACACGCAUACUAUGGGUCUACGUUUUGGAACACGAGGAUAUCUCGCGCCGGAAUAUGAAAACGCUGGUAAAACUUCAUUCAAGUCUGACAUUUAUAGUAUGGGUGCCAUAAUCAUUGAAUUAGUAACGGGGUGUAUGGACGUUCCUGAUAAAAACAAUGUACUUCGAAGGUGGAGACACAGGUGGAAUAAGCCACCGACGUUACUACAAUACCAGCAAGUAACUAGAUGCAUUGACAUAGCAAUACGCUGCCGGCAACAAGUACCCGAAGCUAGACCUUCCAUAUUGGAGAUAAUUAGCUUUCUAAGUAAAUCUGAAAGUACGGAUAUGCACACCGGCCAGAUAAUCCGCUGUUAUGAUGAAGAUGACAUGCUUGGGAUUAAGCCGCUUGAACUACGUCUUCCUUCUGAGCUUAAGAAGGAGAUAUCAGGCUUAGUUGUGCUAACUAAUGGUACUCGUAAUUGUAUUGCUUUCAACAUCCAAUUGCCAAGCGGACAAUUGUACAGCGCACAACCAUACAAAGGCAUUGUGCAACCAAAAUCCAAGUAUGGUAUGAAGAUUAUAGUCAAACCAGGAGAUGUUCAUGAGCACGACCAAGCCAACAAGUUCAUCGUGCAGAGCAUGAAAGUGAGCGAGGGUCUAAGAGACGAGGAUAUCGAAGGAUGCAUGUUCGAAGAGGCCAGUAAAGUUGUUGAUAAGGUGAAUUUGAUGGUUGUAUAUGAGUCUACGAAGCCCCAAGAAAACUGCAAGAGUAGAGAAGACACCAACAUGCCAGCUGAGGAAGUCCCCGAGGCAAAAAGGAGAAAGAUUGUUGGGUCUGCUUCCGAAAAUAGCAAACUUGGUAGCAGCAAAAAUGCAGAGGCAACUUUCAUGGAUGCCAAUUCAAGCGUGCGAGGACAAUGUACGGAGCAAACAGAGCAGUUUAAUCUGCACCCACUACAGAGCUUUUCACGCCAUUAUCCUACCAACAUGAGAUACCUUGAAAAAGAAAAUGACCGAGCCGUGGAUCUCCCAACGGGGGCUUUGGGUAGCCUACUCGACAAGCUGGGCAAGCUCCUCGAGGAGGACUACAAUCUUGAGGACAGUAUCAAGACAGAUAUCAAGUCUUUUUCAGAAAAGUUGAUGAAGAUGCACCAAACCCUCCGCAACCUGGGAAAGUUUGAUGGGGUCAAGAUUUGGACUGACCAAGUCAGGAAGCUUUCAUAUCACAUAGAGGAUAUGGUUGACACAUUCCUGGUGCAUGUCGAGCCUAACUCUAAUAGGGGUGGCUUCAGGGAGCUCACACAUAAGGGGCUAAAACUUUGGGAGAAUGGCAUGACGACUCACCAUCAGAUUGGUGAUGUAAUCAGACACAUCAAGAACAAAGUUCAGGCUGUGGCCGACAUGCAAGAGAAUUAUGACUUCAAUGUCAACAAUGUUGUAGCUAAUGUAACUGCAAAACUUGACACUGACCUUCGGAUUUCAGCUAUAUACGUAAAUAAAGAACGGCUCAUUGGCAUCAAAGCGCGAAGAGAUGAGUUAAUAAGGCUAUUUGAGGAGGAUGGUGAUGCAUCAACGCUCAAGACAGUCUCUAUCGUCGGAAUGGGAGGAUUGGGGAAGACCACACUUGCCAAGGCAGUGUAUGACAAGCUUAAAAAAGAUUACCAUCACAGAGCUUUUAUUCCGGUGGGUCAGAAUCCUGAUGUGAAGAAAGUUUUGAAUAACAUUCUGUUCGAAUUUGGACAGAGUUUAGCAAACUUCGACUUGGACGUGCAUCAGCUCAUCAACGAACUCAGAAAAUUGCUCAAGAAGGAGAGAUACUUCAUAGUAAUUGAUGAUAUAUGGGAUUCCGAAGCAUGGGGUUUUAUUCAAUCUGCUUUUCCAGGAAACAAACAUGGCAGUCGAGUGAUAACAACAACAAGGAUUGAAGUUGUUGCCCGUGCGUGUUGCGAACAUGAAGGCAAAUAUGUUUAUAGGAUGAAAUCACUCAGUGAAGAACACUCAAGAAGACUAUUUUUCAGAAGAAUAUUUGGUCCUGAAAAAGAUUGUCCUGAUACACCCAGAAAAGAAGAGAUUUCAAAAUAUAUUCUAAAAAAAUGUGAUGGUAUGCCACUUGCUAUUAAUAGUAUAGCAAGCCUUCUAGCUGGCGAGCAAGAGUCAACCUGGGAGUAUAUAUGGAAAUCUUUGGGUUCUGUGACUGAAGAAGAUGAUCUUGAAAAGAUGAAUCGAAUAUUGGAUCUUAGCUACAUACAUCUUCCUGAUCAUCUCAAGACAUGUCUGCUUUAUGUUUGUAUGUAUCCAGAGGAUCGUGAGAUAGAUAAAAAUGAUUUGCUGAAGCAAUGGGUAGCCGAAGGUUUCGUGCACGUGAGUAGAAACAGUGGGCUGGAUGCACAGGAUGUUGCAGAGAAGUACUUCAAGGAGCUCAUCAGCAUGUGUAUGAUCCAACCUGGGAGGAUAGAUGACUACAACAAUGAAGUGUUGUCUUGCAGAGUACAUGAUAUAAUUCUUGAUCUUCUGAGAUCCAAGUCAAGUAAAGAGAAUUUUGUUCAUGUAAUUGAUGGUUCGAAAGAUACAUCAGGGGAGAUCCAUCGAGUCUCGGUCCAGUACAUUGAUAAAGAUGAUGCACGAAUUUUGGAAAUAAUCAACAAAGCGUCACUAUCACAUGUUCGGUCAGUCUUACUUUGCCGAGGCUCACUUGUGCCUCAUUUUAUGUACUUCAAGUAUAUCCGAGUUCUACGCCUUGAAGAUCAAGGCCUUGGUGGGGACAUAGACCUCACCGGUAUCAGUAGCUUGUUUCUCCUGAGGUAUUUAAAGUUUGCCAAUCUUGAUGGAAGUAAUUAUCAUCUGAAGCUACCUAAUCAAAUUGGGGAUUUACAGCAGUUGGAGACAAUAGAUCUAGCUGGUUUCCUGGAAAAUUUUCCAUCAGACAUUGUUAGUUUGGCCUUGUUAUCACAUCUCAGCUCGAGGAGAAAUAAGGCAGGCGGUAUAGUGUUGCCUGACGGGAUUGAGAGGUUGAAAUCACUGCACACUCUAGUAGGUGUAGUAAUAUCUAAUAAAAGCUCGGUAGAGAGUAUCAUGGGCCUCGGCAAGCUGACAAACUUGAGAAAGCUUCAUAUCUGUUUGAACGAGAAUGUUCAUACAGAUGCUUUGCACUCUUCCCUUUCCAUGCUUUCUGCCAACCUCAGGAUCCUUACUUUUGGAAAAGGAUGGCCUAUCGGACUGGAUGAUGUAUCAUGCUGGGGCAGGACACUAUUCCCUCGAGGUUGUCAUAUUCGAGAGCUCGAUCUAGGGUGCUGUGAGUUUCAGAGGUGCCCCAAGUGGAUUGGUCAACUCGAUGGCCUCACCAAGUUAAUGAUUUGGGUGAGGGAGGUGGCUGAUGGUGUCAAUAUUGUUGCAGGGCUGCCUUCACUCUCCUGCUUCUGGUUGAUUGUAAGUAUGUUUCAGGGAGAAAAGGAAGAAAGUGUAGUCAUCCCUGGGGGUGGGGCAUUCAAAGCACUCAAGCACCUGAGGUUCCACUGUAAAAAGGCGUCACUGACCUUUGAAGCGGGGGCUAUGCCCAUGCUAGAGGAGCUUUCCAUACAGCUCCGUUACCACAUGAGCGGCCAACUCCUACCAGUUGGCAUCGAGCACUUGCCUGCUGGCACCCUUAACAAAAUCUGGUUACGAGUCUACUUGGAUGACCGCUGGGAGGUGGAAGGCUCCCAGGGCUGGGACGAUGACGACUGGGAUAAUUACUUCUCUUCACAUGAAUUUAGACAAGGCAGAGAUUCUGUGAGGCAGCUGGUGAAGGUAGCAUUUGAGCGCCAUCAUCCUGACGCCGACAUCAUCCUUUCUUUGCAUAAUGAUUAUCGGAAUGAGUGAUCAAGAAGACAGUGUUAAUGAAUCGACAAGUACGAACUGUUCAAGUUGUAUUUUCCGUUUCUAGCUUGUACUCCCUCCGUCCGGAAAUAUUUGUCAUCAAAAUGAAUAAAAGGCGACGUAUCUAGAUGUAUUUUAGUUCUACAUACAUCCCUUUUUGUCCAUUUUGAUGACAAGUAUUUUCAGACGGGGGGAGUACAUAGUAUAAUUCAGGCUAUUUAUCUCUCGAGUGCUCGUCUUUCAUCUCUACUGAUAUACGGUGCGUAUUUUGUAACUCAAUCUUGUAAAAGGCUUGCUGUCUUAUAUGUCAUGUCCUGUGCUUCAACAA